AUGGAUGAUUCAAUGAUUAAUUCAAUUUUAUUACCAUCUUCAAUUCAUCUUGAAAAUCUUGAAAAAUUAAUUAAAAAUCUCGAACAACAAACAUUUAGUGUAGAUAAUUUUGAAAAUAUUUUAAACAAUGAUAGUAAACAAGAAAUAAUUACUCAAUCAUCUUCAUCUCUUUCAUCAAGUACAGUACCUAUUAAUGAUAUAUCAAAUGAAAAUUUUCCUAUUAAAAACAUCACACUUACCAAUGAUACUACAACAACUGAUCAUAAUCAUGAAAGUUUUUCUAUGGAUAGUCUUUCAACUCAACGUGAUUUAUUUAGUAAUGAUGAUUUUACAGAACAACAACUAUCAACAACUAAUGAUCAAAGUUUAUGCAAUGAUCAAGAUAGUGGAUUUACAUGGGAUGAUCAAUAUGAUACACAAGCCAAUUAUUGUAUAACUUUUAAUACUGAUAAAUCUGAAGAAAUCGAUACAAAAUCAGAAAAAUUCUCUCAAUAUGAACAUGAAUCAACUAAUAAAAAAUUAAAUUCUGCGUAUUCUGACGAUGAUAUACUUUCAAAUGUUGUUAUCAAUAAUAUGAAUGAUUGGUCUAUGCAAUUAGAUUUAAAUACUUUCGAACAAUUAAUUAAUCAAUCACAACAAAUUCAUUCUCAAUAUAAUCUUUCUUCUUCAUCAUGUCAACAACAAAAUCUAAAUAAUAAUUCAUCUAUAUCAUCAACAUCAUGGCGUCAAAUGAAACAAAAUCAACGAAUCACAACAACAGAAAUUAAAAAACGAGAAAUUCGAUCACUUUCACCAAUAAAUCUUUAUAAAAUUUUUCAACAAAAAUCUAAUACAAUUACAUCAUCAUCAUCAUCUCGAAGUGCUUUUCAAUUAUAUCGACAACAGAAUGAUUCUAUUGCUUCAAAUCAUAUCAAUAAAAUUCUAAUAGAAAAAUCAAAACAAUUCCAAUCUCAUCCAACUACAAAUCAAGCUAUUCAAACAUCUAUUCUAGCCGAUUCUUCAUCGAACAGUCAAUAUCAAACACCACCCGUCAUAGGAUCUAAAUCUAAAUCAUAUGAUAAUCUCAUUGUACCAUUUUCAAAUUCAUCAUCAUCAUCUAUUCAUAAAUCUUUACCUGAUCUUUCUUUUAUCUCACAAUAUUUAAAAGAAUUACCUCAAACUUAUACAACAUCACCUUUAUCACGAACAUCUUCAUCAUUUAUUAAUGUUGCUCGUACAACAUCAUCUCCAAUAUUAAUUCAACAACAAAAAUAUGAUUCAGAUCGACCUCGUACACUUAAAUCAAUUAAACGAUAUAAAAAUAGUAAACAUUCAACUGAACCUAUAGGUGUUUUUUAUAGUCCACAAUUACAUAAAACAUUUGCUGCUGUACCUGUAUCAGCAGUUAUUACUGAUGCAAAUGCAUCAUCAACAAUAAUCAAAAUGAAAUUACCAUCAUAUUCAUCACUUCGAUCAGAACAACAAAUAUUAAAUCGCAAAUCUUGUUUGAAAUAUCAAUCAAGAGCUAAUUCUUGUGAUAUUCAAUCUACAUUACAAGAUAAAAAAUUAUCAUCAUUUUCCAUUCCUAGAUUAAUUAAUAAUAAAGAUUCAAAUUUUCCAUUAUUAAACCAACAUUAUUCAAAAAAUGAUACAAUUAAAUCUUCGAAUAUUAUUUAUUUAGAUAAUUAUUCGAAUAAUUUCAAUAUUUAUCAACGAGAAAAUUCAUCACGUGAACAUCAUUCUGAAUAUGAUCUUUCAUUAUUAAUUGAACAAGAAAAUCAAACAAAAAAAAGUGUUAGUUUUUCUGAAAAUAUUUCUAAACAACAUCUUAUAUCAUCUUAUAAUCCAACAAUUAUAUUUAAUGAAAAUAAAGAAAGAUUAACAAAAAGAACAAUAAUACGAUAUGAUGAAAUGCGUCGAUGUCAAACUGACAUUAUUCAUAUUGAUCCUGUUCUUCAUCGACAUUCGCUUACUGAUAGUCCACCAAAUGAAUUUUGCUUACAACAAGAUGAAAAUGAUAAAAUUUUAAUGGAAAAUUCUCAUAUAAAUAUGAUUUCAAAUGAUGAUGAAAUAGAAUCAAUAAAUACAAUUGUUUCACCAAAGAUUAAUUUAAUUGAUAAAGAAAUUAAUUUAUCUAAUCAAUCAUUUAUUUCAAACAAUAUAUCAAUACUUGAUGAUCUUUUAGAAACAAUCAUUGAUAUAAUAAAACGUUUAUUUGAAAUAAAACAAUCUGAUAAAUCAUUCUUUCUCAAUAAUGAAAAUAAUUUACAAUUAGAUUCUUUACUUAAAAAUGAUUUUUGUACAAUUAUUCAAAAUAUUCUUGAACAUGGUAGAAAAGAUUUGAAAAAAAUAACUCUAUGGAAAAUUAUUGAAAUGUCAAUGAAUUCAAAUAGUACAUCUUCAUUUUCUUCAAGACAAGUUCCGAAAAUUUAUUAUGAAGCUAAACAAAUUGCACAAAAUAUUUCAUCAUAUUGGUUAUACAGAUUUCAAGCAUUUAUUUUCAUAUUAUUAAAUAAAAAUGAAUUAAUUAAUUGGCUUUAUUAUUUUACAAGACAAAAAGAUAUUAUUCAAUAUUAUUAUCAAUCACCUAAUGCUUUAAUUCUUGUUUCAAUUCCAUCAACAUUUAAUUUAUUUGAACGAAUAAUGACUCAAUUAGAAAAAAUAACACCAUUUGCAUUUCAAUUAACAUAUAAUUUACCAAAUGAUUAUAUAAAAAAUGAUGAACAAUUAAAUACAUCUAUGAUUAGUAUGAAUUCAACAAAAACAAAUGCACGUAAUUGGCUUAUGUCAAUAUCACGACGUACUUCAAAACAUCUUACACAAUCAAUUAUUCAAGAUAAUUCAAAUGAUACAUUACGUUCAACAUUAUCAAAAAAAUUUAAUUCAUUUUUUACUCGAACAAAUACACAACAAUCACAAAGAAAAUUAACAUCAAUAGUUACAACAAAAUUACCAGAAUCUAAACAACAACAACAACAACAACAAAUUAUAUCAACAGAACAAUUACAUCGAACACAUUUAUCAAAUUUAUUUACAACUGCUACAACAAAUAAACCAAUCGUUGUACCAAAUGAAAAAUUAAAUGAAUCAUCAUCUAAACGAAUACUUGCAACAUUCCAAUCGAAAAUUUCACGUCCAUCAUUAAAUAUUGAUACACCUAAAUCAACUCGAUAUCAUACUACAGUACCUUUACCGAAAUAA